AUGCACUCAUCUUCAGCCAAGAUGAGGCUCCUCGCCUUGGAGUGUCGACCUGAAUUCAAUGAAGUUCAUAAAGCUUACACUAUAAGCUUGAACAUCGUUGCCACUGGAGUCUUCACAAUUCUGUAUUCCUUAUUUGCUGGACAACCGUUGGGAAGCAUUGGCCUCUCAGGACCUGGUUUUUAUCUCGAAACCGUUAUUGCACUCUUUGCCAGCUUACUGGGACUAGACUACUGGGUGUAUCGGUUUUGGGCAGGAAUCUACAUGAUUGCGUGGGGCAUUAUCUUAAUUGGAAUGAAUCUUUCGUCCAUGGUCCUCUAUGCCAGACGUUCUCUGGAGGAAAUAUUCAGUGCAUUCAUUUCACUCUUCCUUAUCAUAAAAUCAAUCCUAUUCCUGUUUCGGGCUAUACCUGGAACAGUAUAUAAUGCAACUGACCACACUGACAUUGUCCAAAUGAACGAAGCGCUCUCAAGCUCACAAAUUGCGUCAAAGGCAGCUCUUCAACUCUUUCUGGCAUUGACCAUGCUGGUGUUUUCACUUCUCAUCAACAAACUGAAAAGAGGCCACCUCUUUCGGCGUACGUUCCGCUACUGGAUCGGAGCGUUCAAUGUGCCUCUGGGAAUCCUGUUUGUCACUGUCCUUACCUACAUCUUCUUCUCAACCUAUCCUAUCAUAAAAUUGGGCGUUCCACCGGCAUCGGAGGCUGAUCCUAAAGCCUGGAUCAACCUUGUCCAGUUCUCUGAGUUGACCACUAUCGGUAACUAUCCCGCUCUCGUUCAUGUCACAGCACUGAUUGUUGGCUUCUUCUAUUGUCUAUUGGUAUUCACGGAAAUUGCCCUCAAUAGUGUUACGGCGUUGAAACCGAAGGCGAAGAAGCCGAGUCCCUUUGUGAUGGACCACGUGUUGACAAAUGUGAUCUUUCCCCUCAUUUCCUGCAUUCUCGGUUGGCCUUUUAUGUCGGGUGUCCCGGUGCGCACAAUUGCCAACACAAUGGCCCUCGUCAAAGUGGACCCACACCCUCCUCCGGGUAAACCUGCCGAGUGA